AACGUAGCUGUGAUACGUUUUGAUGUGAGACUGGUUUGCUGCAGCAGACAGAUCAGGAAGCACAAGGUUGACAGACCUUGUAUGCCAUUACAGAUAACCAGGGUCAAAGUUUUUCAAUGAAGGACUUUAAACAGGCAGCUACUUCUGUGUGGUGAGACAGUUAUUGAGGAACACAACAGAAUCCCACAAUGAUAAAAAUGAAGGAGACAACGUCUAAAUGUGGGCUCACAGCCUUCAGUGUAUCAUUUUUCCAACAUGCUGUUGUCCUGCUUCUCCUGACCGACUGCUGUGGAGGCGUUACGAUGUCACCGUCCGAACUCAACUCCAAUUCAAGAGCAUCAGCUGAUUCAUCCAGUCAUUAUAUUUCUUUCGCAAAGACUGAGUUUUUUAUCUACACGAUUGGUUUGGCUGUGUUUACGUUCGCAGUUCAUUUGCUUAUAAAUUACAUGCAGGGAAAUAAAGCACAAACAGUGACGGAGGGGGGAAAAACAAGAUACAAGUCUGAAGAAAACAAAUUGUUGGUGGAGGAUGCAAUAAAGAAAGAGAUUCAAACGGAUGGAAAUAAAACAAGAGAAGAGAUGAAGAAAUUGUUGGAGUUACAGAGAGAAACAGACGAAAAGACAGAGUUGACGAGACGGAUAAAGGAAAAGGAUGACAUUAUUUUGGAUUUGGAGGAAAAGUUACAGAUGAAAGCCAGCCUGGUUGAUGCACUAAACUUUCAGAAACAGACACUUGAGAACCAGAAAGAUCAACUGAAGGAAAAGUUGCAGCAGAAAGCCAACAUGGCUGAUGGACUAAAGGAACAGAAACAGACACUUGAGAACCACAAAGAUCAAAUGAAGUUGCAACUGAAGGAGGUGGAGAAAAAGAAGGAGGAGAACAAGGAGAAACUUCUGUCAGUGGAGAACAAAAUAACUGAGGCUGAGAAUAAAAAGAAGGAUAAAGGGGGAUUGUUAAAAGAAAAAGAAAAUCUAACAGAUGUCAAAUGGAAACUAGAUGAGCAAAAGACAAACUGGGAGAAACUAAUUCUGAGUGUGGAGCAGAUGCUGCAGAGAAUAGAUGUUUUAGUCAAUAGUGACCAAGUACAAGAAACUACAGUACACAGCAAUCAAGGGUUUGAGCUGCUGGACGAGCGAAGAACAGGUGUGAGCUUUUAGCUUCAGUCAAAAGGCAAACUGUCUGAUCUUACUUUUCAUAGCAAAUAAUCACAAAAUGUGCAGAUAAUUUUAAAAAAAAGGAUAUCAUUCAAAAAUUACUCAUUAAAUGUAUGAACUAAUCUAGUUUGCUUCAGUUUAACUUUUCUCUUGACUGCUGGUUGUAGUAACUUAAAUGGUUUCCUUGUGCUCAGUACAAGUUAAGAAGUUUUAUAACCCUGUCUUCAUAUAUAACUGAUUAUAUAGGAGGAAAUGUGUUGAAGAGGGAAUGUAAUGCAGAGUUAAUUAUUUUAUUUUGUAAAUA